AACCCACUGCUGAGAAGAAGCACAAUUUGAUGGCAGCUGUAGAUCAUGAACUCCGACAGGACCCCAGCCACCUUGAAAAGGAAAAAAGAGACAGCAAGGAGAGUGCUGCAGGACAUACCCUCCAUAAUCUUAAACUGGUGCUACAGAACCACACUACAAUGACGGAGGUGGAGCCCGUACUGGAUUUUGCUACGUCGGGGCGGACAGGCCGAAGAAACGCUUUGCCUGACAUCCUCGGCUCACCUGCGGGGGUCAGUCCGUCAGAACUCCCCAUGAAACUGGCAGAGUUAUCCAUAAAUGCAGAAGGAGCAGAAGGCGCUCAGACACCUUCGACAGAGGUACCACCAGAAUCAACAGAGAGUCCAGAGCUGAAAGAUGCAUCGUAACAUGCUGAAAGGAAGCCCUUACACUAAAGACAAAAAAGUGUUAAUAAAGCUUUAAAUAAGUGAUCUGAAUACUGUCAGGAUUCCUUGAAGCUACAUGCCAAGUUUACCUGUGAGGACAGCACAACGAUGGGUGGUGAUAAUGUAUAGAAAUGAACAAAAAUAAAUAAUUCAAUGUUACAUCUUGAAAAGGAAGCGUGGAAGAUGUUCAUGGAGGAAGAUGGAGUCAGGAACUUAAUCUUCAAGCUCAACUUUUAAUGAACUAUCACUUGGAUUAAGAUUUGGAGAACAAUGGCAUAUCGUGUUUCAGUUGAAUUGCAACCUGUCUCUUUGUGUUCUAGAGCAGAUGUUUUCCUUUUCUCGGUAUAAAUCCUGAUAUAUCUGUCAAAGCAGCAAUUAGAUGUAUACAACUACUCCUAAAUGUAUGACAACCUGGUUUUAAAGUCUUCAAACCGCAUUAUGGACUUCUAUUCCCAACCCUUCUCCCUCCCCGAGUGUAAAAAAUGAUUUAAAGAUUUCAGCUGACAUAUCAAGAAGUCCAUUUUGUAUGCCUGCACUUGAGGUAGUUGAGACAUUUUGAAAUGUUCUUUUUUUUUUGAAGUAACCAUUGGGGCAAAAUGUUAUUUGUCUGAAUGUCUUCUAUCUGGUGUUUCAAAGAGAUAAUAACUCAUUGGGAAAAAUCGCUGUCUAAUUUUAUCCUUUCAUAAGUGUUUUUGCUUGUUAACCAAAUAUUGCAGUGUACCUGGGUGUUCCCAGGUUACAAAUGAUCUUACUUAUGAAAAUCUGAGCAUUUUUAAAACAGGUAAUAAUA